UUUUUCAUUGCUUUUAUGUUAGGAUGGACUUUUGGUGUUCCUUAUUCUGCUUUUUUUGCUUACAUCACCCUGUGUUUAUAUGAUCCCGUAGAUUCUGAUUCUGGAUCAGGCUCAGAUUCUGAUCAAGAGAAUGUUGCUUCUGGCAGUAAUGCCUCUGGAAGUGAAAGUGAUCAAGAUGAAAGAGAUGACUCAGGAAAACCAAGUAAUAAGGAACUGUUUGGAGAUGACAGUGAGGAUGAGGGAGCUUCUCAUCAUAGUGGGAGUGAUAAUCACUCUGAAGGAUCAGACAAUAGAUCAGAAGCUUCUGAGCGUUCUGACCAUGAAGACAACGAUCCCUCAGAUGUAGAUCAGCACAGUGGAUCAGAAGCCCACAAUGAUGAUGACGAUGAAGGUCAUAGAUCAGAUGGAGGGAGCCAUCACUCAGAAGUGGAAGGUUCUGAAAAAGCACAUUCAGAUGAUGAAAAAUGGUGCAGAGAAGAUAAAAGUGACCAGUCAGAUGAUGAAAAGAUACAAAAUUCUGAUGAUGAGGAGGAGAGGGCACAAGCAUCUGAUGAAGACAAACUGCAGAAUUCUGAUGAGGAGGAGAAAAUGCAGAACACAGAUGAUGAGGAGAGGCCUCAGCUUUCAGAUGAUGAGAGACAACAGCUGUCUGAGGAGGAGAAGGCUAAUUCUGAUGACGAACGGCCGGCAGCUUCUGAUAAUGACGACGAGAAACAGAAUUCUGAUGAUGAAGAGCGGCCACGGAUGUCUGAUGAGGAGAAAAUGCAAAAUUCUGAUGACGAAAGGCCACAGGCCUCAGAUGAAGAACACAGGCAUUCAGAUGAUGAAGAGGAACAAGACCAUAAGUCAGAAUCUGCAAGAGGCAGUGAUAGUGAAGAUGAAGUUUUACGAAUGAAACGCAAGAAUGCAAUUGCAUCUGAUUCAGAAGCAGAUAGUGACACUGAGGUGCCAAAAGAUAACAGUGGAACCAUGGAUCUCUUUGGAGGUGCAGAUGAUAUAUCUUCAGGGAGUGAUGGGGAAGAUAAACCACCCACUCCAGGACAGCCUGUUGAUGAAAAUGGAUUGCCUCAGGAUCAACAGGAGGAGGAGCCAAUUCCUGAGACCAGAAUAGAAGUAGAAAUACCCAAAGUAAACACUGAUUUAGGAAAUGACUUGUAUUUUGUUAAGCUGCCCAACUUUCUCAGUGUAGAGCCCAGACCUUUUGAUCCUCAAUAUUAUGAAGAUGAAUUUGAAGAUGAGGAAAUGCUGGAUGAAGAAGGUAGAACCAGGUUAAAAUUAAAGGUAGAAAAUACUAUAAGAUGGAGGAUACGCCGGGAUGAAGAAGGAAAUGAAAUUAAAGAAAGCAAUGCUCGGAUAGUCAAGUGGUCCGAUGGAAGCAUGUCCCUGCAUUUAGGCAAUGAGGUGUUUGAUGUUUACAAGGCUCCACUGCAGGGCGAUCACAACCACCUUUUUAUAAGACAAGGUACCGGUCUACAGGGACAAGCCGUCUUUAAAACCAAACUCACAUUCAGACCUCACUCUACAGACAGUGCCACACAUAGAAAGAUGACCCUGUCACUUGCAGAUAGAUGUUCAAAGACACAGAAGAUUAGAAUCUUACCAAUGGCUGGUCGUGAUCCUGAAUGCCAGCGCACAGAGAUGAUUAAGAAAGAAGAAGAACGUUUGAGGGCUUCUAUUCGUAGGGAAUCUCAGCAGCGCCGCAUGAGAGAGAAGCAGCACCAGCGGGGGCUGAGUGCUAGCUACCUAGAACCUGAUCGAUAUGAUGAGGAGGAGGAAGGUGAGGAGUCCAUCAGCUUGGCUGCCAUUAAAAACCGGUACAAAGGGGGCAUUCGAGAGGAACGAGCCAGAAUCUAUUCAUCAGACAGUGAUGAGGGAUCAGAAGAAGAUAAGGCUCAAAGAUUACUCAAAGCAAAGAAACUCACCAGUGAUGAGGAAGGUGAGCCUUCUGGAAAGAGAAAAGCGGAAGAUGAUGAUAAAGCAAAUAAAAAGCACAAGAAGUACGUGAUCAGUGAUGAAGAGGAAGAAGAUGAUUGAAGUAGAAAAUCAGCUCAGUCCGGUUUGCAGUUUACCAAGACUUGAAGAGGCAGCUUCAUUGUACUCCCGAGAGACAUCAGUACCAGCUGGACACUUCUCUUCCUCAGGUAUGUUUCAGCUCCAAGGGGCCCUGUCUGUAAGUUUGUAAGUUUAAUAAUAAUUUUAACUUUCCCCUUUGUUCCCUCAUCUCUAGGGGUGGAAGUUGCUCUCUGAAUUUGCUAAUUCUGUGAUCCCUUAGGGAGUCCUCUUUGUACUUUUUGUAACCAAAUCAACAACUUUAAACCUAAUUACAAUUUUUAAAAAAUAUUAAGAUCUAUCUGUGUAGACAACUGGUAUGUUUUCUGUUGCCCAACUUGGACCUGACUGGGUAGUCCAGGAAGCAAAUCCCCAAAGAUGAGAUGUGUAGAUUGGUUUGGGUCUGAGCUCCUCACCAAUGGGAAACAGGAUGCUGGUGGUGCCUUGGCAUCAUGAUGAACCAGAUUAUCCCCUGUGAUUGAGGGCUCAAGCGGCUGCUACACUUACUAGGCAGUCCUGAUGACUAAGGACUGUGGUGUGGGAUGGAUGCUUCUGAGUGCCCUGGAGCACUUACAGAAAGUCGACAAGCUUAGGUUAGUUUUGGUUUGUUUUUAAACCUUAUUGAAGUAGAGUUGAUUUACAAUGUUGUGUUAGUUUCUGCUGUACAGCGAAGUGAUUCAGUCAUACAUAUAUAUUCUUUUUCAUACUCUUUUCCAUUAGGGUUUGUCACAGGAUACUCAAUAUUGUUCCCUAUGCUAUACAGGAGGGCCUUGUCGUUUAUCUGUUCUCUAUAUAAUAGUUUGCAUCCACUAAUCCCAAACUCCCAUUCCUUCUCCCCCCACACCUCCUCCCCCUUGGCAACCACAAGUCUGUCCU